AUCUAAAAUAAUUUCAUUCGGAUUUUGGCUAUAUCAGAACAGGCACAACGCGUUCUGGCAAACACAAGUCGCACAGAACGCGUUGUGGCUGUUUCAAACAACCACUGGCCAUUUUCGGUCUUUGAGCGUAACAUAUAUAAACAAGCGGGACUCAAAAUUCAAUCAACGUUUAAAAUAGUACAUAAUGAUGUUCUCCAUUUGACGAUGAUACCAUCAUUUGAUCACUUUCUGCAAAAGGUUCCGAUUUGUUCUACUAAUUAAAUAAUUUUACGAGGUUUUUUCGCUACGCUCCUCAAAAAUACAACCUUAAUUCUUCUCUGCGAAGUUUCUGUACACCAUCAGAACAUUCGUGGCUUCACUGGUUAACUCCUUUUCAUGCUUGUUCCAGACGACUUCACUAUCUACGGUGCUAAUAGACUUCGAAGCGGAGGUAACCUUCUGGAGAUGAAGUCAAUCUAGUGAAAAUGAAUAUCAGCCAGAUAACAGGCGGUGUUAUGUACAAUACUACAACCAAUGGAGAUAUUAUCAAUGACAACACGGUGCAAGUGGCGUUUUUUAUUAUUUAUACGAGUAUAUUUGUUAUGGGAAUUUUCGGAAACGUUUUAGUGUGCUACGUAGUUUUUCGAAAUAAAGCGAUGCAGACGGUGACGAAUUUAUUUAUAACGAAUUUAGCUCUGUCGGAUAUAUUGUUGUGCGUAUUAGCUGUGCCGUUUACUCCGUUAUACACGUUUCUAGGUGAAUGGGUAUUUGGUAGACUCAUAUGUCAUUUGGUGUCAUACACUCAAGGAACAAGCGUGUAUAUUUCAACUUUAACAUUGACAUCUAUCGCCAUAGAUAGAUACUUCGUUAUAAUAUAUCCCUUUCACCCUAGGAUGAAACUAUCAACUUGCAUCAUUAUAAUAUUGAUAAUAUGGAUAUUUUCAAUGUUGGUAACUCUACCGUUGGGGGUGUACGUGAAGUUAUUUUCCGUCGACAAAGACUCUGAGAAGUAUUUUUGUGAUGAAAAUUGGCCGAGUGAAGAGUGGAGAAGAACUUUCGGUGGAAUUACGACCGCCAUGCAGUUCCUCUUACCCUUUAUCAUAAUGGCAUAUUGCUACAUAUGCGUUUCUAUGAAAUUGAAUGACAGAGCGAGAUCUAAACCUGGUUCAAAAAAUAGUAGAAAAGAAGAAGCAGAUAGAGAAAGAAAAAAGAGAACAAACAGAAUGCUUAUCGCGAUGGUUGCCGUGUUUUUGGUAUCCUGGCUACCGUUGAAUGCAUUUAAUAUUAUAAACGAUUUUUGUCAACAGAUGGAGAACUGGAAUUUUUAUUAUUUAACCUUCUUUGUAUCUCAUGCCAUAGCGAUGUCGUCCACUUGCUACAAUCCAUUUCUCUAUGCUUGGUUGAAUGAGAAUUUUAGGAAAGAAUUCAAGCAAGUUCUUCCUUGCUUCGAUGGAGCUUCAAGAAGAACACCUCCGAAUAGAUUUGACAAUUGGAGAUCGGAAAGAACAUGUAAUGGAAACGAGACACAACAGGAAACUCUACUUCCCUCUUCUGGAAAUAAUAGAGCUAUUUCAUUUGGGGAAAGGAAGCUAACACCACCACCUCAGAAAACGGAUAGUGUAGAGAUGGAAAAUAUUAUGGUACAAGCAACUGAAAUAGCUGUACAGGAUUCUACAUCGGAUAAUAUUAGACUGAAACUCAUAACCAAAGAGAAGCCUCCUCCUUAUGAAGCUCAAGUUCAAGCUACCGAGGAAUAAAAUGAAUUUGGGCUCCCAUCUACACAUAUUGGAAAUAUUUCAAAAGAAGAGACAACACUGUUGAACUACACUGUCUAUUUGCAACGGAGUGCCAAAUUCAAUUUGAAAGACAUUGAAAAAUCUCAUUUUAGAACAGUUAAAUAUAUCAAUUCACGAUACUCGUAGAUAAAAUAAAAUACAAAUUGAACUAACUGUAAAUGUAAAAACUAUUUCAAGUCAAGAAAUAAUUGUUGAACAACUAAAAAUUCCCAAAA